GCGGCGAGCGUAUCCAAGCGAUGGACAGUGCUCUUGAAGAGGAAGCGAGGGGAAGAGCUCUUGAAGACUCGGUGGACAGAGCCGGCAGGGAAUGCGCUUCCUCUUUCGGGAACUAUGGGAUUGUUGUUCCACGGCGUCUUGGGUGUGUUGCAACUUGCAGUCGCGGGAGCCACGUUCUAGGCCCCCGAUGCAUACGAUCCACCAAUAUGAGGGCGGCGUGCUCAGUAAACAUGACGUGCAAAGUCAGGUACACCAAACGGACCUUUGUGCACGCAUCUGCGUACCCGUACGGAGGCAGGCAGUCGUUAUGCUCACCGCUGGACCGUGUCCCUCCCCAUAUCACCACACCCCGAUCCUGUCCCAGGUGCACCAUGUCAUACCUCUCCACUCUCGCUCCUGAACUGCUCUAUAUAAUCUUGUCCUAUUUGCCUCCACGUGACGUCGUUCACUUCGCUCAGACCUGUCGACGAGCAGCCCAAUUCAUUCAACCCGACAACUUCGCCCUCUGGAAAUCUGCCUUUCUCCACGUUUUUGACCACCCGAGAUAUGCCUGGGAUGCAUUGGUGCCGUCCGUGCGCGCCUCCAACGUCCUUCGCGAGGCUCAAUGGGAUUGGCAUCACGAGCUUCGACGGCGCAUGGUCGCAUUCAAUGCUGUCUGCGAAUCAGACCGCUUGACCCUGCUCAAAACCAUCGAACAGGUCGUCAAAACCCUCCUCGACAUUGAGCAAACAGCAGCCUACACGACAAGGGACACCGAGGACAAGCCGCAAUCGCUCAAUCUAGCAUUCCUAAGCCGCCUGCAGAACCAGUCCCCUGACUUCGACAGCAUCGUGCAUGACUACCAUCGCGACAUCAACUCUGUAUCCCUACCACUCGAGUUCCAGGCCGAAUCCGAUCGUGCUGUUACACGGUCCAUGGUCGGUCGGCGAGUGGCGAUACCGCCAUGGGCCAGCCAAUUCCACGUCAUACAUGGACCGACCAAGCGAGAACGGGAUUCAGUCUUCUCCAAAGCAGCCGCGAGGGCCAUUGUAUAUGAUUGGAACGUUACGGGAUCUUUCGCGGAAUAUGGACCCUACGAUCGGUCUGGAGGCGUCAACUGGCAGGCCGUAGAAGCUAUCAGUUCUUUGAUGCAUCGAAUCUUCGAUAUGCCACUGGAUAUGUACAAACUGACAUCGUACGGCUUUCCCAUGAACAUUCCAAAGGCGAUCCCGGUUCGUCCUGAUAGCCCGGAACAAGACUGGGCUGGCUUGACCGGGAUAUGGCUAGGAACAUACGCCUUCCUCGACUACAGAGCUCUUGUGCAUUUCAACAUCGCCCAUAAUCAGGAGUACCCUCUGGACCUGGGCGAAUAUGAAGAAGCCUGCGGGGAUUUGAUGCACUUGGAUAUCAAGGUUUCCGACGACGAAGAUUUGAAACUUGAUACGAGACUCCAGCCUUCACUUCCAUACUGCCAUGAUCUCCCAAUACUUCGGUUCACCGGACUUUCACAGAACCAAACAGCUGGAAGGCCUUCCAUCGGGGUUAGAGGCUUCGUUUGUCUCACCCCCAGCGGUCGAGAAGUUCGCUGGCGCCUUAUCAUCAGGUACGCCGGAGAAGAUCAAUGGCAGCUUGAAGGUUUACAGCCUGGAGUGCGCUCGGGAGCUAUAUAUGGGCUGUGGAGUCAUAUAGACCACGAUGAUCAUGGGCCAACUGGACCGUUCUUUUACGCACCCGCCGCCUUGUGUGAUCUUGGCGAGACAGACUAG